CCGGGCAACUUUCUCCCGGCUCGCCCCGCCCGCUCGCGGCUCCCCAGCCCUGGCCGGGAGGUAGGACGGCGGGAGUCGGCAUCCGCUGGGGUGUGUGAGUCGGGGUGGGCAGUUCCCCGGGAUGAGGUGAGGCCCAGAUGGGGGAACCCCGGGCUGGGGCCCCCCUGGAUGAUGGCGGUGGCUGGACUGGCAGUGAGGAAGGCAGCGAGGAGGGCACAGGUGGCAGUGAGGGUGUAGGAGGUGAUGGGGGCCCCGAUGCGGAGGGUGUGUGGAGCCCGGACAUCGAGCAGAGCUUCCAGGAGGCUCUGGCCAUCUACCCGCCAUGUGGCCGCCGAAAAAUCAUCCUGUCGGACGAGGGCAAGAUGUAUGGUCGGAAUGAACUCAUUGCCCGGUAUAUCAAGUUGAGGACAGGAAAGACCAGGACUCGCAAACAGGUCUCUAGUCACAUCCAGGUUUUGGCUCGAAGGAAAUCAAGAGAAAUUCAGUCCAAGCUGAAGGACCAGGUCUCCAAGGACAAGGCCUUCCAGACCAUGGCUACCAUGUCAUCAGCCCAGCUCAUCUCUGCACCUUCCCUCCAGGCCAAGCUGGGCCCUUCCGGUCCUCAGGCUACUGAGCUUUUCCAGUUUUGGUCAGGGGGUACUGGACCACCAUGGAAUGUUCCAGACGUGAAGCCAUUCUCACAGACAUCAUUCUCCUUGUCACUGACCCCCCCGUCCACUGACCUACCAGGGUAUGAGCCGCCCCCAGACCUCUCACCCCUGCCCCCACCUGCCCCAUCUCCCCCAGCCUGGCAGGCUCGGGCCCUGGGGACCGCGCGUCUGCAGCUGGUGGAGUUCUCUGCAUUUGUGGAACCACCGGAUGCAGUUGAUUCUUUCCAGAGGCACCUGUUUGUCCACAUCAGCCAGCCGUGUCCCAGCCCCGGAGCGCCACCUCUGGAGAGCGUGGAUGUGCGGCAGAUCUACGACAAAUUCCCUGAGAAAAAGGGGGGCCUGCGGGAGCUUUAUGACCGAGGGCCGCCCCAUGCCUUCUUCCUGGUCAAGUUUUGGGCGGACCUGAACUGGGGCCCAAGUGGUGAGGAGGCCGGGAGUGGCAGCAGUGGUGGCUUCUAUGGCGUGAGCAGCCAGUACGAGAGCCGGGAGCUCAUGACGCUCACCUGCUCCUCCAAAGUCUGCUCCUUCGGCAAGCAAGUGGUGGAGAAGGUGGAGACUGAGCGGGCCCAGCUGGAGGACGGGCGCUUUGUGUACCGCCUGCUGCGCUCGCCCAUGUGUGAGUACCUGGUGAACUUCCUGCAUAAGCUUCGACAGCUGCCUGAGCGCUACAUGAUGAACAGUGUCCUGGAGAACUUCACCAUCCUACAGGUGGUGACAAACAGGGACACCCAGGAACUGCUGCUGUGUACUGCUUAUGUCUUCGAGGUCUCUACCAGCGAGCGUGGGGCCCAGCACCAUAUCUACCGCCUGGUCAGGGACUGAUGGAGCCUCAUGGCUGGUUUACCCCAGAACACCCUCCUCCCAGGAAAGACCCUUCAAGCCCUUCCCUGACCCCUCUUUCAGGGAGGGGCUGUGAUAAAAAGGGCUGACCUCAGAGUUAUAGGGGCUGGCUAUAAGGGAACCCCCGAAUCUGGUUGUUGAGCUGAGUGGGUGAAUUUGAGGUUACAUUCCCAGUCCUGGGCCCUCACAGGGGUGUGCCACUGGAUUCAUGACCCCAGCAGCAGCAGCAGGGGUUGGGGACAGGAGUGCCCACCCCCCAGGUACAGCACUGGCUUUUCACCGGACUUCUCCCUGCUCUUCUGGAUGGGGGCCCAGGGGUAGUGGGGGUGGCCUUGGUUACACAUCGCCUGUCCCUUUCCUGUUUUCCAGCUGUCCUCCAUAUCUGCCUCUCCCCCCCACCCUCUACUCCUGUGAUCUGUGAUGUCACAAACUGAAGAUUAACCGUUUUCGAGCAGGGGUAGAGCUGGGUGGGCCCUGGAAAUAUUUUUUUUAAUAUAAGGAGAUAUUUAUACAUGG